CAGUGGUUGUCAUCGUGACCAAGACGGGGCAUUCUGUAAAUUUUGGGGAAACGAAAUUAGCGUCUGAUGCAGAUUAUUUGGGGGUUCCAAGUGUAGAAUUUGCAGAUUUGUGGCCUUUUUGUUUUUGUUGUUGUUGUAAUGGAAUAGGAUAAGGAAAGAGAUUUAUAUUUUGAAGAAGAAUUAGAGAAGGUAUAGGCAUUCGUGCCCAGUGGCUUAAAAGGCCAGAAAAUGUUCAUAUGUUGAACAACUUACCCUUUUGAGACCAUGACUAGGGAAUUACAUCGCGCUUUAAGCCAAAAAUAUUACAUGGAAACACCGAGGGUUGUUUCGGAGGUCCGAAUUACAUCAGAUCAGAGUGUGAGUGAUGUUUGUAUGCAGACGGGUGAGGUAUUUUCCCCCCAAUUUAUUCGGGAUCGAGCUGCUUUAAGAAGAUUGUCAGAUAUUAGUGAUGGAGAUCAACAGCAGCAAAAGAGAUCAGGUCUUGGUUUCAAUCCGAGCAAUCAAAUAGCAUAUGAGGAUCUCAGUGGUAUUCUUGGACUCAAGAGGUUGAAUUCUGAAUGCAGUUCAGAAUUAUUGUCAAUACCAAUGACUGUUUAUGCAGCUGAAAUAGAGAACAAGGUUUAUCCUAACAACACAAACAAAUAUCAUUGGGAAUAUAGUGCUAUUGGACAAGCAUCAGGUUUACAUGCUGAUGAAAUCAACCGAGGAGUUCAAUUCACCCCCACGACGCCAACCUUGUAUGCGUUGGAAUCACCUCGUUCGUGUUAUCCUUGUGGGGCUGGAAUGGGAGAUUUCUCUGUCACUGUCAAGAUUAAAUUUCUCUGCAGUUUCGGAGGUAGAAUAUUACCAAGGCCUAAUGAUGGGAAGCUUAGAUAUGUAGGUGGAGAAACACGGAUUAUAUCCAUUAGGAAAGACAUCUCGUGCGAAGAACUAACGAAUAAGACAUAUGCUAUCUGUAAACAUCCCCACACUAUAAAGUACCAGCUUCCUGGUGAAGAUCUUGACUCACUUAUCUCUGUCUGUUCUGAUGAGGAUCUUCAUCAUAUGAUAGAGGAAUAUCAUGAGCUGGAGAACACAGAGGGUUCCCAAAGACUUAGAAUUUUUCUUAUUUCUUCAAAUGAUUGUUGUGAUAGCCCUCCUGGCAUUGAAGGAAGGGUAGUUCAACCAAGUGAUGUUGACUAUCAAUAUGUUGCGGCUGUGAAUGGUAUAUUAGACCCAAGUCUUCAGAGGAGCUCUAGUGGGCAGAGUUUUACAAGCCAGACUAGCCUAGCGGGAACCAUCUCUGAUCACAGUCCCAAUUUUCGAACAGAUGCUUCACAUGCUACAGACUUUAGAGAUCCCAAUAUACCAAAUUUGGCAGGAAUGUUCCCUAGACCUGUUGGUCAAUUGUUACCUCCCCUUCAAAUCCCACACAAGUCAUUUAACCAAUCACCUUUGAUUUCUCCGGUUACAGUUAUGCAAAAAGAUUUUAAGAACGUGGAUCCAACACUUGCAGAAGAUACUAGAAACUUCACUCCAAUUGUUUCAGAAAAACGCCUAUGUGAUACUACAGUUUAUUAUGUUGAUGCAAUGGGCCGUCCCAAUCAUCUUUAUCAUGGUUCUCCAUUGAUGAAUUACCAUCAUGACAAAUAUACAGCGGAAACUGAUGAGGCAUACAAAGUUCAUAAUGUUCAUUUCCCACGAAGCUCAAGUGAAGAUUUUGUGCCUGCACUCAACUGUGGUCGAAGGGGUACACAUUCAAUAAAAAAUAUGCUGAACGAAAGGGCAGUUAAUUAUGAACAGCUAUUCUCUGAUGCUGAGUACUCGAUGCAGUUAAGAUCCGGAACCGCCCAUAUGGGACAAAGAAUAAUGCAUUCACAUUCUGAGCCAAUACUGCAGGAACAGGAUGAAAAGUCGAUUCAUGGAGCAGGCUUUCCGCUGACCUCAGCUAAUGAAAUAGAUGAAUCACCUACACUGGCAAUGUCUAGUUCCUUGCAGGAUUUGCCAACGAUGUGGAAGGAGAGAAUUGACAGGGAAUUGCGAGAUGUUAAAUAUGAGAAACGUGGAAAGUUGGCGCCUGGUAGUGAGAAUGAAAGAUUUGAUGAAUGCAAUUUUUAUGGAAAAAGGGAUAAUGUCAAGGGAGGUAUUUAUCAUCUGCAACAUGUUGACUACCAACAAAAUGGUUGUCUCCCGCAAAAUGUACAAAGGCUUGAAGGCAGAAUUUCUGCCGAAAGAGGUUUCGAAUUAGAAAAUUCUGCAGGUACCAUGGGUGGCCACUCCCUCAUUUACCAUGUAGAAACAACUGCUCCAGAGCUGUCCGAGGAGAGCAAAUAUUCUGUCAAGGAUCAACAAGCUACUUCUGAUAUAGUAAGGAGCCAACCAUUGUCUUGCGCAUCUUCUGAUCUACGACCUCUUACAACUCAAGCUUUGAGCGACAGAAAGAUCAUAAAUCAGGAAUCGAAAUGGGAUAGUUCUUCUUCAGGUAUAGAGGUUUCUCUUAUUGAAGAGAACUUUGUAACCUGUAAUUACCAUAAGGUUGCAGCCCAUAGCAGAAAAAAAAGCAACUGUGAUGAUGCUCUCUUUAUCAAAUCAUCACACUCAGAUGAAUCCCAUGGCAAAAAGGAUGAGGAGUUAGCUGUAAUAGUUGAAGAUGUAACUGAUAGUAUGCCUCCUGACGUACCCUUAGCUUCAGGAGUUGUCCCACGGGUUGAAAACGAGGUCAGUGAUGAAUUUUCAUCUUCCAGAGGGAAUGGUGCUCUAAGUUCCAGUUCCGAAACUGAACGUGAGGAUGCAGACAGUGUUACUAGUUCAAGGGAUGAGUGUAUGAGCGAGGCAGCAAUAGCUGAAAUCGAAGCUGGCAUCUAUGGCCUGCAGAUUAUAAAGGAUGCAGAUCUUGAAGAACUGCAGGAAUUAGGAUCUGGGACGUUCGGCACGGUUUAUCAUGGAAAAUGGAGGGGAACAGAUGUUGCUAUUAAGAGAAUAAAAAAGAGUUGCUUCUCGGGCAGUUUUUCAGAGCAAGAACGAUUGACUAGAGAUUUCUGGAGAGAAGCAAGGAUUCUAUCGACUCUUCACCAUCCAAACGUUCUAGCUUUUUAUGGGGUGGUUCCUGAUGGACCUGAUGGAACGUUGGCAACCGUAACCGAGUAUAUGGUGAAUGGUUCGUUGAGGCAUGUCCUUCUAAGGAAGGACAGAGUGCUUGAUCGUCGGAAAAGGCUUAUAAUUGCAAUGGAUGCGGCUUUUGGCAUGGAAUAUUUGCAUUUGAAAAACAUUGUUCAUUUUGAUCUGAAGUGUGAUAACUUGUUAGUCAACUUGAGGGAUCCUGAACGACCAAUAUGCAAGGUUGGAGAUUUUGGGUUGUCAAGAAUCAAACGCAACACAUUUGUUUCAGGAGGCGUCCGUGGAACUCUUCCAUGGAUGGCUCCAGAAUUAUUAGAUAGUGGCAGUACCAAGGUCUCUGAGAAGGUUGACGUUUUCUCAUUCGGUAUUGCAAUGUGGGAGAUUUUGACAGGGGAGGAACCAUAUGCUAACAUGCAUUGUGGUGCCAUCAUUGGUGGAAUUGUAAAUAAUACUCUUAGACCACCGAUCCCGAAACGAUGCGAUAGCGAAUGGAGAAAGUUAAUGGAAGAGUGUUGGUCUCCUGAACCUGCAGCAAGGCCAUCAUUCACAGAGAUAACAAAUAGACUUCGAAACAUGUCGGUAGCUCUCCAGCGAAAGCGCCCAAAUGUAGCAACAAGUAGAUGAAACAGUACAACAUCCUCCUGUAAGUCUCACCAUUUCUAGUGAAUUGGAAAAACCAAAAAAAAAAAAAAAAAAAACUCAAGCUUAGGCUGUUGUUUGUAAUUAAUUUAACUGGCUUCCUCCAUAGCCAAGAUCUAACUUCCAUGGAGUUGAUAUAUGCUUCAAAAAUCUGUAGAUACUGUUAACUGUAAUGCUUAUAAAAUGCA